AUAUGUCACGUGAUCCCGACACACGUGUUUUCUUUUACUGUCUAUGGUGUUUUGUCGUCUGUACUUCGGGACGUGAAAGUUACUUUAACGAGAGUGCUAACCUACAAAAACAAUGCCAAAGGCUAAGAAAUCCUCCAAGCGAAAGAAGUUUGAUUACACGAAAGACAGAAAGAAGCUUAGAACGAAGUUAAGGAGGAAGCUAGCUCCAACGAUUGAAUGUGCUCAGAUCAGAAACGCGUGGGAUGACCGGAAAACGGUUCAGCAGAACUUGAGGGAGAUGGGACUGCAACAUGACACCAAAACUGUUCUGCCUAUUCGUCAGCCUAAGCUCACCAACACUGAAGCCAUGGAUGUGGAGCCAGACGAACUCCUGAUAAAGAAGCCAUAUGUGAUCAAAGACAUGGAAGCCCAGGCCAGCAUCCCCAGCCAGAGCUCCAAGACCCUGUCCAGAGAUCUGAUCGAGUACGCCCAGCACAUGCUGCGCGAGCAUGGGAAUGGCAACUACAAGGCCAUGGCGCGAGAUGAGAAGAACUACUACCAGGACACGCCCAAACAGAUCAAGAGGAAAAUCGAAGACUACAAGCAGUGCCACGCCGAAGAUUACUCCACCUUCAUGCAGUCGCUCAAGGCUUGAGAGACUGAGCGGUGGGGGGCAGUGGACGUUACCCAUCGAGGCGUGUUGUGCCGCUCAGAAAACAACAACAAGGGGGCGGAGUUCAACCCCAUCACUGCGUCUCUCUAUCCUCUGACCUCUCCUGCGGAGUAGACAGGAGAGGUCAAAGGGCAUGGAUGAGUGACAGACUGUUUUCCAAGUUAGUCUAAAGACAAACGAGGGAGUGACGCCAUGCUGAACGGUCUUGUCGAUAUGACUUGCAUUAGCGUAGGAUCAUAAUGGAUGUCAGAUGGCUGGGGUUACGUUUUUAUUUUGUACUUUAAAUGUCAUCAUGGUUGCCAUGACGUUUGGACCUCGUUCAGUAAUGUGUUUUCAGCUGUAUAUCUCCCACUGUAUAGAUCACCCUCUAAAACCUUUGAUUUCCAGGCGGAGGAGAGAGAUUUAGUAUAAAGCAUCCAUGUGAAAUGUUUCUAAUUUAAAUGAAGAAAAGACGGUCUGUUCUCAUCCCCUUUAUAAAUCCAAAACCCUCAGGAGGGAUGCACAUAUGCUGCAGACGUGGUGCACUGGGAUUACAUGCUGCGGACGUGGUGUCCUGGGAUUAUGUUCGCACGACGCUUGGGUCUGACACAGCGGGAUUGAGAAAUCCACUCUUGAACGAUGUGGUGAGAUUACACAUUUCCACAUGGGUUUGUUAUUUUGGAAUAUGUCCGAGCUGGAUUAUUGGGGACUACCAUCUUUCGCCACGUCUGCACACACCUGUGUGUGUGUGUGUGUGUGUUUGUGUGUUCUGUUUGGGGAGGAGCUUGCGUAAGAUUAAUGUGCGGUAACUGUGAUCCAUGCUGUUUUUAAUACAGAAGUGUACCACAUGCA